UAGAAUUCCCAGUCAAUGGCCCUGCUGGAUGAGAAUCCUGGGAACUGUGGUCCAAAUGCUUCUGAAGGGCAGCAGGUUGAGGAAGCCUGCACUCGUUUAUCUGCUGCCCGCCUACGGUCUGGAGGUUCCAAACUGAGCAGGAAGCAAGGGGCGCGGCUUGUGUUCUUCGUACUGCUUGUCACGUGUUCUAUUCGUCGGGAACUGGAAGUGUUGGUUCCACGGCGCCGGAGUGAAGCCUUAAAAACGAAGAAACCAUCUCUCGUGCCCGCCUUGCGUGCGUUGGGAAGGAUGGACAUGGGACCGCGCACCGGGAUGGCCGUGGUGCUUGAUGGGAACUCCAAAACCCCUGCUCCGCAUUGCCCUCAUGGCCCAACUCUACUGUUUGCAAAAAUUCUUGAAGGGAAAGAAGAAGGGAGAAGAUUUUAUGCUUGUUCUGCUUGCAGAGAAAGAAAAGAUUGUAACUUCUUUCAGUGGGAAAAUGAAAAGGUAUCAGAAGCUAGGCUCGCCACACGGGAAAAGUACAACCAAAGUCAUCAGCCACCUUUCUCUCAUACAGACAAUGUGGAAAGGUACAAGGAGUUUAUCGUCUUGCCACAGUCAGAAAGGAAGUUUUGCAGAGAAUGCCAGCAGCUGCUCCUGCCACAGGAAUGGGGAAGACACUCUGGCCAUCAAGUCCUCAACAGUGUGUCUUUUGCCCAGCUAAAAAAACCAAGCCAACUCCUCAGCCCUCUAGAGAAUAAGAAGACAAAUGCACAAUAUCUGUUUACUGACAGAAGUUGUCAGUUCUUGCUGGACCUUAUUGUUACACAGGGAUUCAAAAGGGUGCUUUGUGUUGGCACUCCAAGGCUUCAUGAAUUGAUCAAAUUGCAAGCAUCUCAUGAAGAGAAGACCUGUGUUAAGAGCCUCCUGUUAGAUAUUGAUUUCAGGUAUUCUCAGUUUUAUACAGAGGAUGACUUCUGCCACUAUAAUAUGUUUAACCAUUAUUUCUUUGCCGGAAAGGGUGCUUAUGAUGUGUGUCAGAAAUUCUUGCAGCAAGACAAAGGCAAAGAUGUCAUCAUGGUGGCUGAUCCACCAUUUGGAGGCUUGGUUGAAGCAUUGGCUUUUAGUUUCAAAAAGCUGAUUGCAAUGUGGAGGCAAACAGGAGAGGCAGAUUUGGCCAGUAAAACAUUACCCAUACUUUGGAUAUUUCCAUACUUCUUUGAGUCCCGCAUUCUUGAAUUUUUUCCUAAUUUCUGCAUGUUGGAUUAUCAGGUGGACUAUGACAAUCAUGCCCUGUAUAAGCAUGGGAAGACAGGUCGCAAACAAUCUCCUGUCCGUAUUUUUACCAAUCUUGCACCACACUUAAUAGUGCUUCCUGCAGAAGAAGGAUACAGGUUCUGUGCUCUCUGCCAGCGAUAUGUCAGCUUAAACAACCAGCAUUGUGAAAUCUGCAAUUCAUGCACAUCCAAAGAUGGGAGACAAUGGAUACAUUGUAAUCUUUGCAAAAAGUGUGUAAAAUCCUCAUGGAUUCAUUGCAGCAUUUGUGAUCACUGUGCUCUUCCAAGUCACUCCUGUAAGAAUGCUGAUGUGGGAUGCUUUAUUUGUGGAGCAAGAGACCAUAAACGCAGUGCUUGUCCUAAUAUGCUUGGGGCUAGGAGAAGUUACCAAAGUACCAAAAAGGCAAAGCAAAAGAAGAAGAAGGUAAAAGCAAAUGCCAUGAAUAAAACAGAUGGGAAGAGGUCAAGAAAUACAAGGUGAAGAAAGAGCAACAAACAGAAAAGGUUGCUCAGUCUCAAAAUGCACACCAUCCAGUGUUCUCCGGAUACUUAUCUAGGUAUUGAUGGGUUUGACCAUAUUGGAGACUUAUCUUUUUGCAACAUUUGGGUUCAACAAAACAAGUCAGCCAAACUCCUGCUGAAUGUAUGAGGAAAGGCAGUCGAUAUUACAAACUGCGAUGCACUGCAGAAGAAUGCAAAACUAAUAUAAUUUAGUUUUAUAAAUGUUAGUGUGUGUGUGUGUGUGUGUGCUUUUUUGUUUUAAUAACUUCAUAGUAUUUCUUGUACUUAGAAGAUUUUGAAAACUGCGCCCAUCUUGUCCUAGAAAAUGCAUUACAAAGCAAUCAGUAAGGGAGGAGGAUGAAUGUAAAGAACUGCACAGAAAGGGCACAACAGUAAAAUAACAGGACAAAUAUGCAUUGUCACAGCUUGAACCAGA